AGGAGGAAGCAGAAGCAUUCUGGGCAUUCUGGGAUACUGGCGGACCCAACAACGCUGUUACUGUGAUGGCGACUAAUAUCGAGCAGAUUUUCAGGGAUUUUGUGAUGAACAAGAUUAAAGAAAUCGAAGAUGAAACCCAAGAAAACAGUGUUACAGAUGAGCCACAGCCUGAACCUGUGACGGAGACAAAAGAAGAUAAAAUCAAUGAAGACAAAACAAACCCACCAACAGAUAAAGUCACACAUAUUGACGUCCAAGCUGACCACGGUAAAGAGGACACCAGCACUAAACACAGGAAAAGUAAAAAGCACAAAAAACACAAGAGCAAAAAGAAGAGGAAGAAGCGUAAAGAAGGAAAAGACAGCAGCUCAGACACCGAGUCUGACAAACAGAACCAAGAAAGCGGAAAGAAAAAGAAGCGAAAGAAGAAGAAAAAGAGCAAACAUGCCGACAAAGCCAAGAGGUCAGGCUCACGAUCUGAAAGCUCUUCAGCAUCUGAUUCUGAAUCUGAAUCCGAAUCAAAACCUUCUAGUGAAAAUACAAAGUCAGCAGGUAAGACUGAGCUCAAAGACAAAUCCGCUCUUGAUAAGCCUCAGGAGCUACCCGACAUUAUUCCCAAGAUUGAGACUUCGGUCCACAAAAGCACAGAAAAAGAAAGACCCAAAGAAAAGAAAAGAAGCUCCAGCAGAGCAUCCAAAAGUAAGGAGGCCUCCAAGGGAAGAAGAAGCAGAUCUAGAUCACCCAGACGGAGAUCAGGACACAGAUCCAGAUCACGGUCUGUGAAAAGACAACGGCGAUCGAAGUCAACGUCGCGCUCUAGAAAUAACUCCAAAAAGAGUUCUCAUCAGCCGAGAGAGAGAAGCAGAUCGAGGUCAAAGAGACGCAAGGAUAGAUCCAGGUCUCGUUCUGUCAGAAGGAAACAUUCGAGAUCCAGGUCACGCUCCAGACGGACGAGAUCCAGGUCUGUUGUGAUCUUGAGAAAGAACAGAAGGUCUGCAUCUAGGUCACGCUCUUCACGGUGUAGGAGUAAAUCUCAAAGCAGAAGCAAAUCUCCAAAAUCAAGGUCUGUUUCAAAAUCCAAAGAUAGACCGAUUGACAGUGAAUCAAAGAAUCAUACUGUGGACAGUAAUAAAAGUUCUGACACAAAUAAAGAUGGAGAAAAUCCAACUGUGAACUCUGAGUGCAAUUUGUCUGACGCUGCUCCCAGUGCUGGAUUUAACACUGUUGUCUCCUCUGGUUCUUGGCGACCAAUUCCCUUGCUGGCAGAACCACCCAAGUCUUCCCAAAAGUGCCUUACACCUGAGGUGCCUUUGGAAGUGGCCAGUGUGCAUGAGGAACCCUCAACGCUCAAAACAGAUCCAGAGUGUUCAGCCAAUCCGGACAAGAAAGAACCCAACGCGAAUCCAACAACCACCACAGAGACUUCAGCCAACUCAUCGAAAUCUCCCAAUCCAAAAACCUCCUCCACAUCCAAACGAUCAGCUUCCAAAAAGAGAAAAUCUAGGUCGAAGUCUUCGGAAAGGAAAUCACACAAGUCCAGAACGAGGAGCAAACGCUCCAAAUCAAAGUCGCCCAAGAAAAAGAGGUCAAGGUCUCGUUCGCAGGGCCACAGGAAUAAAUCUCGAACUCCAGACAGAAGCAGACGCUCCAAAUCGAGAAAGCGAUCACGCUCACGUUCGAGGAGGAGAUCCCGGUCAGGUUCGAGAUGGAGGAGAGGAUUCGGAAGUCUGAGUCAGAGGGACCGAUGGAAAAGGGAGCCCAGCCGAUCUCCGGUGCUCAUUCUCCGGAAGAAAAGAUCCACAUCCAGAACUCGACGCAGCACCAGCAAGACUCCUCCACGACUUACAGAACUUGAUAAGGAUCAGUUGCUGGAAAUAGCGAAGGCUAACGCUGCUGCCAUGUGUGCCAAAGCUGGUGUGCCCAUCCCGGACAGUCUCAGGCCCAGAGCUAUUCUUCAGCUGCCAUUGCCAAACGCAAACUCCGCGUCCUUGUCUUUGCCAGUAAUGCCCAACAUGGCCAUGAAUGCUGCCGUGGCGAGUAUGACUGCCGCCACCAUGACCGCCGCUCUGUCCAGCAUCGGUGCCUUGGCCUCUUUCCCACAAUUUGCCCCGUUGCCCACCAUCGUCAACAAACCACCGUCUUCUGCCACACCAAACCUCGCCAGUAUUGAAGAGGCCAAAAAGAAAGUCACAAAGCAGGCGAACAGCUUCAGCAUUAAAGAGCUAACAGAGAGAUGCAAGAAGAUUGCUGAGAGUAAGGAAGAGAUGGCCAUCGCUAAACCACACGUGUCGGAUGAUGAGGAGGAUGAGAAACUGUUCGGAGCUUCCCUUAAGGAGAAUAAGGGCAUUGCGUUCAGUCUCGGGAACACCUCAAUAAAGCCAGGCGUCCGAACAGAAGCAGCCUUUGCUAAGGAGUUCCCGGUGUCGUCUGGCUCUCAGCACAGAAAGAAGGAGGGAGACGGAGCCUAUGGAGAAUGGGUGCCGGUGGAGAAGAAAGCAGAAAAACCAUCUGCAUCCAGUUCAUCCGCCACUGAGGAAACCAGCAAGGACAGCGACAGCGUCUUUCCUGAAGCUCCUUCUCAACCUGUGGACAUUACGCUGGCUGUCAGCGAGAGAGCCGUCGCACAGAAGAGGCUGGCAGAAAACCCCUUCGACAUCAAUGCCAUGUGUAUGCUGAACCGGGCCCAGGAGCAGGUGGACGCGUGGGCUCAAUCCAACACCAUUCCUGGCCUCUUCACAGGUUCGACAGGUGCUCAGGUGCUCUCAUCGGACGAGCUCUCCAACAGCGGCCCGCAGGCCUGGAUCAAGAAGGACCAGUUCCUGCGGGCGGCGCCGGUGUCGGGUGGAAUGGGAGAGUUCCUGAUGAGGAAGAUGGGAUGGAGAUCAGGGGAGGGUUUAGGGAAGCACAGGGAAGGAACGGUGGAGCCCAUCAUUAUUGACUUCAAGACCGACCGCAAGGGGCUUGUAGCAGAAGGGGAAAAGACACAGAAAUCUGGCAACAUUGUGGUGAUGAAGGAUCUUCUAGGGAAGCAUCCGGUGUCGGCUCUGAUGGAGAUGUGUAAUAAGAAGAAAUGGCCUCAGCCGGAGUUUGUGAUGGUCCACCACAGUGGUCCAGACCACCGCAAGAACUUCCUCUUUAAGGUGGUGGUGAACGGCAGUGAUUAUCAGCCUCAGUCUGCGAGUCCUAAUAAGAAGCAUGCGAAGGCGAUGGCGGCGACCGUGGCUCUGCAGGCCAUGGGUGAAGUGGCAGGAGACGGUGUUCAUUCAGGUCCUGUGUUUACAGCCGCCAGCAGCAGCAGCACAUGAGGACACACACACUCUCACAAACACACGCUCAUCUCUGUUGGCCACUCCAGCUUUAUUUCUGCAGCAUGAGCACAGGAAUGAUGAUGUGUGACUGACUGACUGCUUCAGUGUUUAGACUGUUCUGGACUCAUGUAAAUGCUUCAUGCAUGCUUUACAGCUGUUUUAGCUUUAUAAUCUGUUUGGUAAAGUUCAUCAUGCCCUCUUUUUUCUGUUCCUGCCUGGAUUUUUGUUGUUUAUUUUUUGUGAUGAAACAAAAUAAAUGAAAAUGUGUCACUGGAAUUAGAUCAGUAUGAUUUAAAAAAAAAAUGUUUUUUAUUAAUAUUUUUUUAAUAUCUGUUUACAUUUUAGUUAUAAACAUGUUUCGCUAGAUGCAUCCAUUUUUUUUACGAUGUCUGUAUAGUUUGAUGUCCAUGUACAUCUGUUUUAGUGUUAGUUAAUUAUGAUGAAGUUAACCUGAAUAAAAAUACUUUCUUUGGCACGUCAUUGGCAAAAA